CUUUCAGGUGGUAGCAUACAUACUCUACAUGACACCACUUCACACUCAUCAACCAAACAAUUAAGACCCCUCUUCAAAUCUCAUGUUUGAUUCUAAAAUUUCAACAUGUUUCAGAUUGCUGUAUAUUCUUCUGCCUUUAGUGGGUUGAAACCAUCAUAACAAAUCACUUGUUUAUUUGAGGAUUUUGUGGGUUGUUUUAGAAGAAAAUGAUGAUGAUGAUGAUGACAUGCACAGAUGGUAAUAAAGGGGUUGUUGUUGACAAUGGAAAGUAUGUUAGAUACACACCAGAACAAGUGGAAGCUUUAGAAAGAUUCUAUCAUGAGUAUCCAAAACCUACCUCUAUUCAUAGACAGCAGCUUAUUAGGGAUUGUUCUAUUCUGUCUAAUGUUGAGCCCAAACAGAUCAAAGUUUGGUUCCAGAAUAGAAGAUGUCGAGAAAAGCAGAGGAAAGAAGCUUCACGCCUUCAAGGCGUGAACAGAAAACUGUCGGCAAUGAACAAACUCCUAAUGGAAGAAAACGAUCGAUUACAGAAGCAAGUAUCACAUCUGGUGUACGAAAACGGUUAUUUCCGUCAGCACACUCCUAACACGACACUUGCUACUAAAGAUACGAGUCGUGAGUUGGUGGUAACGAGUCAUUUGACUCCGAACCCGCCACAGGAUGCUAGUCCUUCUGGACUUUUGUCCAUUGCCGAAGAAACAUUAACAGAGUUUAUUUCAAAGGCUACCGGAACCGCUGUUGAGUGGGUCCAAAUGCCUGGAAUGAAGCCUGGUCCGGAUUCCAUUGGAAUCGUUGCUAUUUCUCAUGGUUGCACUGGCGUGGCAGCACGAGCUUGCGGUCUAGUCUGUCUUGAGCCUACACGGGUUGCUGAAAUCCUCAAGGAUCGGCCCUCAUGGUAUCGUGAUUGCCGAGCUGUAGACGUGGUCAACUUGUUACCUACCACUAAUGGUGGAACCAUUGAGCUUUUAUACAUGCAGCUUUACGCUCCGACAACUUUGGCUACUGGUCGUGAUUUCUGGCUAUUGCGUUACACCUCUGCUACAGAAGAUGGAAGUUUAGUGGUUUGUGAAAGAUCGCUAAACAACAUUCAAAAUGGUCCAAACAUGCCACCGGUUCAGAAUUUUGUACGAGCGGAAAUGUUGCCUAGUGGUUACCUUAUACGACCUUGCGAAGGAGGCGGUUCUAUUAUUUAUAUUGUUGAUCAUAUGAAUUUAGAGGCAUCGAGUGUACCCGAAGUGUUGCGCCCGUUGUAUGAAUCAUCAGCCGUGCUUGCUCAAAAAGCGACAAUGAUGGCUUUACGUCAGCUCAGACAGAUAGCUUUAGAAGCUUCCCAGUCGAGUACCCCUAACGGGGGUCGAAGACCCGCAGCACUAAGAGCACUUAGCCAGAGAUUAAGCAGGGGCUUCAACGAGGCUGUAAAUGGGUUUACAGACGAAGGUUGGCUGUUAAUCAACAACGACGGGAUUGAUGACGUCACUAUUCUUGUAAACUCGUCUCCCGAAAAGCUUACGGGAUUGAACCCUUCAUUUUCAAAUGGAUACACAACUGUUAGUAAUGCUGUAAUGUGUGCAAAAGCAUCAAUGCUUUUACAGAAUGUUCCUCCGGCUCUUCUGCUUAGGUUUUUAAGGGAGCAUCGAUCCGAAUGGGCUGAUAGUAGUAUUGAUGCUUACGCAGCAGCGGCAGUCAAACUUGGUCCGUGUGGCGUACCGGGGUCGAGAAUCCGUGAUUACGGAAGUCAAGUUGUUCUACCACUUGCUCAAACAAUUGAGCAUGAAGAGUUAUUGGAGGUCAUUAAAAUGGAGAGUGUUGAGCAUUGUCCAGAAGACGCUUUAAUACCGAGAGACAUGUUUCUUCUUCAACUAUGCAGUGGAAUGGAUGAGAAUGCUGUUGGGAUGUGUGCUGAACUUAUAUUUGCUCCCAUCGAUUCUUCGUUUGCUGAUGAUGCACCUCUUUUGCCUUCGGGCUUUCGUAUCAUUCCUCUUGAUUCUGUCAAGGAGAAAUCAAGUCCAAAUCGCACUCUUGAUCUUGCUUCUGCGUUAGAAAUAGGCGGAUCCGGGAACAAGUUACCAGGUGAUCAUAACUCUGGCAGUGGGACCAUAAGAUCAGUGGUGACAAUCGCAUUUGAGUUUGCAUUCGAUUGUCACAUGCAAGAAAACGUAGCAUCAAUGGCUCGUCAAUAUGUUCGAACUAUUAUCUCCUCGGUUCAGAGGGUCGCAUUGGCACUGGCUCCAUCUCCCCUUAAUCCUAAUGGUGGUCUUAACGCACCCAUGGGCACCCCUGAAGCCCAUACGCUCGCUAAGUGGAUCUGCGAUAGUUACAGGUGUUACUUGGGUGUCGAGCUUCUUAAAAAUGGCGGCCAUGCAAGUGAACCGAUUCUUAAGCCUCUCUGGCACCAUGCUGAUGCAAUCAUGUGUUGCUCUUUUAAGGCAUCGCCGAUUUUUAGUUUUGCAAACCAAGCGGGACUAGAUAUGCUCGAGACGACGCUGGGUGCGCUUGAAGAAAUCGGUUUGGAAAAGAUUCUAGAUGAACAUGGAAGAAGAAGCUUUUGCACCGAGUUUCCUCAUAUAAUGCAACAGGGUUUUGCGUGUCUUGAACGAGGGAUGUGUUUAUCGAGCAUGGGGAGACCGGUUUCUUAUGAGCGAGCAGUGGCGUGGAAGGUGGUUAACGAGGAACAAAAUGUUCAUUGCAUCUGCUUAAUGUUUAUUAACUGGUCCUUUGCUUGAUCUUCACAAGUCUCAUGAAACUUUUUGGAUACAAAUGUCUCGCAUUUUGCCUUGUGGUUUGGUUUGUUUCCAACCACCAAACGUGAUCCUCGUACUCAUGACUUGUUUGAUUAUGACUAUGAACUUGAUCGCUUGUUGAUUUGAAUCGAUUGUUGUCGUAGAUUGAACUCACAACACAACUAGAUCCACAUUAAUGGUUAAUUAAUGGUGUUUUAUGAUAAAA